AUGAAACGUUAUACAUCUUGUCUCGUAUUUGCCGCCUGGCUGUGCGUCAGCGCCAAUGCUGAGGACGAUGGUUAUGUCCCACCAGUUCCACUGCACGAAGCCGUGACCACGAAAUCAACUGCUACAGACAUCAACGACGCCUCUCUAGCCGGAGAGCAAGGGAAACCCGCAGAGGAAGUUGCUGACAGUCUGCGCCAGGGAGCAUCAACACCCCAGGAGACUGGAGAUGGAAGUGCCUUAGCGAAACAAGACACUGCGCCCGCUGCACCACAAAGCGACGCUGCGAAGAUGAGCGAGAUAACUGGAUCAUCGGAUGCUCCAGUGGAAGCAUCAAGUGAAGCAGCAUCGAGUUCCGCUCCAGUUGCCUCACAUGUCGAGGAAACAGCUAAAGAAGCAAACGCCACUGAAAUGGUGCAGGCCAAAAAACCCUUGGCAAUGGACCCAAUAGCUGAGAUGAUGGGAGGAGAAUUCAACACUGAAGCUAACCAAACAAUGGCUGAUAGCUUCCUUAACGUUCGCUCUCGCGUUCUGCGCUUGAAGGCAAAUCGUGACCUGUAA